GACAUUCAAUCCAACAUGGCGCUCCCCACGUCAAGACAUAUCCGCGUGCGUUUAAGAUUUGACGAGCCUCCGCUUGGCUACCCCAGAAUGUUGUUGUAUUUGGUUAACUUAGAAAACUGUCGAGUUGUUAGUGAUUUAGAAAGUCAGAUAAAGACACGUUUUACAAUGAGCAGAUACACUCACGUUCACUUGUACGUUGACGACUAUUUACUGCCAGCAAAUGAAAAGAUAGAAAUUGUACGAGACAAUGAUGUGAUCAGAGUACAACAGGAAUAUAUCUCGAAAGAAUUAGUCACAAAUUCAGCUAGAACAAAAAAGAAGAAGAAGAAGAGCAAACAUAUAAAUCACGUAGAAAGCGAAGAGCUUGAAUUUUUUGAUUUAGAAUUGCAUCAUGAUGAUUAUCGCAAAGUGAAACGCAAACUGAAAAAACAUAAAGCACAUAAAACACAUGUAGAGCAAAAAAGAAGACGAUUGAACUCGACUGAUGACGAACCCGGGGAAGAGAGGUCAGAGAAAAAAAUCGCAAGUACAGAUGAAAUAAUUAACAGUAUUGAAGAUGCUAAGAAGCAUAAAGCGAACAAGAAAAUGAAAAAUAAGAAAAAGAUUGACAGUGAUAAUGGUGUGUUGAGCAAAUCUGAAAGUGAACGCACAAAUGUUGAAAACACCGAACAACAAUCAACACAAAAAAUUAAAACUGUUCAAACUUCUACAGCAACCAAAAAUUCUAAGUCGCCAAAGAAAUUUGUGAGGGUCAAGAAAAAUAAUACUGCUUCUUCGAACAACCAUUUAAGAUUUGAAUCCGCUUCUGAAUCUGAAUCUACAUCCGGAGAUCAAAAUGAUUCAAGCGUUGACGCUAAGCAUAUCAAUGAUGCUGUUGGUGCCGAGAAGCGAGAACCGCAUUUUAUAUCUCUAUGUAAACCCACCAAGUUGGCGCUUCAAGGUAACACAAAGACAAAUACAAAGACUUCAAGUAAGAAUUCUUCUGAUUUGUCGGAAUCAACGAGUACAUCAAAUGCCUGCAGUGAUUCAAGCGACUCGGACUCUGAUAAUGAAAUCGCUACGAAUUCUACCUCAAGUAAUUUACAUAAAAUUGCCCUCGAAAAUGAAAUCAAUGGGACUGCAGAUGACCGCUCACCUCAGGUGGUUCAUAACGGCAUACACAGUCCAAUUGAACGGAGCACAUCCCGUGGUAGAAAGCGACCAAACAGAAGGAGACGAACACAGCAGAUGUAUGAACUUGACAAAGAGGCUCAGCUCAAUACAGUUUUAACAAACAGGUCUAUUAUAAUCCAGGUUAGUCAGAAUGCGCCGGAUUCCUCCCCGAUGACGAGUAUCCAAACGCAGAAGCCAGCUAGAGACUACAAUAGCUUGACACCACUCCAUGGACCCCCUAGGACUGGUGAUAAGAUAGCUUACAAGAUUUUAGAGCUAUCCUCUUCAUAUAAUCCUGAGAUUUCAGAAUUCAAAGAAGGUUUGGUUACCUUAUAUGAUCCUGUGUUGCAGAGUUUAGAAAUUGACCUGACCUAUGACCCAUCAAGCGUUUCUAAGAAAAGAGCGGGUAAAUUUGACUUGGUCUAUGAUGAUCAUGACGACGACGAUGACCUCAGUAUGAAUGCUUUUGAUGUGAAUGAAGAUAGCGGCAAGGUAUCAGUGACGUGGACAUCUUUGAUAGAACCCAAAUUAAUGCCAGCUACCCCAUGAUAAUAUGAGUAGGAAAAGAAUUGUUAUAAAUCAUGUUGAUAAUUUUGUUUGUAACAAAACAGUUUCACUGCUUUUAUGCAUUGAAAUGUUAGCCUUGGCUACUUUUAAUUUUCUGAAAGAUGUCGAUCAUGUAAGAUAAAUUUUAUUUGAAUAAAAAAUCUAAAUG